AUGGCAAACAUUGUGAAACUCUCCAAGGUUACACCUAAUCGAUCCGAUUGGAGUGUUAGAGUGAGAGUUGAAAAGAUGUGGUGGACACUAACUUUGGAGUCUGGUGAAGGGCUAAGCUUCCUUUUUGUCGAUGAUGAGGGCACAAGGAUGCAUGCUUUCGUGGAUAACUUUUAUCAUGGGAAGAAAUUUAAGGGUCUCCUUCAGGAAGGACAGUGGAAGAUGAUAACUGGUUUCAAAGUUCUUAUUGUUGAGAAAGAGAUACGUAUGACUAAAGAGAGGAAAGAGAUUGCUCUCACCAUAGAAACCCAAGUUGAUGAUGCAGAACCAUUCCAUGGUUUUAUUCCACUAGAUUUGAUUCCAUUUCAGGAUGUCCAGAACGGAAUGGUUCACGGUGGAACUUCUUACACCAGAGAUUUCCUAGGUGUGAUUGAUAGUGUGCAAGAUCUAGGCGUCAUAGAGGAUGACUCUAUUCCUAGAAACAGGCAUAACAACGAUCCUAAGACUACCACCAUGAUUAACUUUGUUCUCCAAGACAACGAUGGCUAUCAUCUUAGGUGUCGUGUGAAGGGACCUUUGGCCAAUUGGUUCAAACGCUAUUGGCUUAUUUAUGGUGAAUCUGGAACAAUCAUCUGCCUAUUAACCAAUUGGCGUGUUGUUGGAAGAGACGGUGCUAUACAAGUUGAUGAUGCAGGAGAUAUUUCUACAUUUGAAUAUGAUCCAGAUGGAAGAGAUAGGUUGGAGUAUGAUGAAAUGAGCGAUCAAUGA